UUUCCUUCCAAGCCCAUUUAUAUGACCGAAUACGGUGCUGAGGCAAUUCCUGGACUUCAUGAGAUGCCUAGUGCCCCUUUUACUGAACAAUACCAAGUAGAAAUAAUUCAAAAAACGACUCAAGUUUUUGAAGAGUUGAGACUUGCUGGGCACCUUUCGGGGGAAAUGUUGUGGAAUUUUGCUGAUUUUAUGACUGCCCCAAGUUUUUUUUCAUUCAAAAAUAUUUUUAAAAAAAUAUUUGAAGGCACUUCCAGAGUUGUUGGCAAUCAUAAAGGCAUUUUGACGAGGGAUCGGAAACCAAAAAUGGCAGCCCAUUUUAUAAAAAGAAGAUAUGGGUAUUUGCUUAAUGAACAAAAAAGAUUGUUUUAUAAGAAUGAGCUUUAAAUA